AUGUGCUCAACGACACUCCCGCAAACCAAGAAGUGCACGGAAAUCGUGAUUGACGAUCACAACAAGCACAACGAACUUUCCGCCUACACUCACUGCACUGCGGUUGUUGCCUGCUGCACCUUCCAGAUUGCUGAAAGCGGAAACAAGAACUGGGGUGAUAUCAUCAACGAAAACGUGUGCAUCUACAAGGGCAACCUGCUUGGCAACGGCGCCUAA